AUGUUGCAGUUCAAAGGGCUGCAUUCCGACAACCCACCGAACGACGCCACCCUCCCCCUCGUGGUCAAUCGUUACGAUGCCCUCGGCGUGGACCGGGAGCUGUUCUUCAAGCAGGAUUCGCUGAAGCAGCAAGACGAAAUCUUCAAGGAGCUGGUGGACUCUGCCAUAGACACUGACGAUAGAAAUGCGCGUUACCUGGGAUUUCCAUAUUACCUGAAAGUCAAAUUGGGCUGCGCCGGCCAGGACUCAGCAAGUGCAAUUCGGAAGGCUCACUACACAGGCCUCAUUCCCAUUGUGACCAUCGCUUUCGAGGAACCUGUCCACCCUGUGCGGCAGAAACCAGAGCAGCUGCAGAUUGAAAUGAAGGCCGCUCCAUAUCGGAUUCCAGGAGACUGCGAUAGUGAAGAACUGUGUGAGAUGUGCUGGUACACUCCCAUGCCCAUCAUGAACGGCAGUGUGGUGAUGGCUGUGUCAGUGAAGAGCAAUAACCUGGGGUUUAUGAUUGACAGGAAGAGGGUCUACAUGAACAUUAAUGGCUACAUAAGAGAAACAUCCUCGGGCCCAGAAUUCACCAUUGGCGAGCGGAUGCCCAGUCUGAAGGGCUACCUCUCCCUGAAGGAUGGGUCCCGCCCCUUGUGGAGAACCUACAGACAAGCCCCCGUGGUCAUCCUGGGCGGAAUUCCCAACAGCAAGGUCAUCCUCAUGUCGGACACGUUCUUCAGCGAUUUCUUUGUAAUCGAGGUGGCCGUGGACAGUUGCUGGAUUAGUAGCCGGAAGUGCCCUUGGGACCAUUUUUCUUCCAGCAUCCUCGAUACGAUCGCCACAGAAAGCACCCUUUUCGUCCGUCAAAACCAGCUGAUCUAUUACUUCACCGGCAAUUACAGCGCCUUAUACAUGAACACCUCAGGAUCUGAGCAGCAGGGGGUGGACCAAACCACCUAUUGUGACUACGCCUUGGAGUUCAUCAUUCACGUCCACGGCCUGCGUCUCAGCCCCACCCGGGCCAUAUUCCUCAUGAAGGUUUCCAUGAGUUCAACGAUCGCUUUGGUCAUCCUGUACGUGUUUAUCUACGUCCUGACCCCGAAGGUCAAGGCCUUGUGCAGCAGACUUGCCAGGAGGAUCGAGGAAGCCGUGGUUUUGCAGACAGGGUCCAGCAUCACCUUCUCGACUUCAACGACCAGCCAAGGUUCCCAGAACUACUACCCCGCCUUGUCUGACACCGGCAGUAUGGACAGCCGCCGUCCUAGCAGACCGUGAACCCUGUUGUGCCUCCGCUGAAGCUACCAUCUUCCGUUAAGCUGUCGCUGGCGUUAGCGCCCACGGUCCAUGUGACGGCGAGGAGUUAGGACCCACAGUCUCAGUCCACGCUCGUGGGUUCUGGAGGAAGGUGACUUCUGAAGCCACGGGCCGGUUCUGGUCAGUCUUGUCCAGCUGCUGCCUGAAUUGUGGGUGUUUCCUGCAACCACAACCGUAAGACCGCCUGUUGUGUCAUUGCUCCAGAGCCAGCAUUUGCCCCAGGAUGCUUUCACAGGAAAUAAAUUUCAUCCCCUGG